AUGCCGGAGACUGGACAGGACGCCGCCAGCAAUCAAGCGCCGCCGCCGCCGCCGCCGCCGCCGUCGCAGCCCAAAGAGUCGCCCUUCUCCAUCAAGAACUUACUCAAUGGGGACCAUCCCAAGGCAUCUCCCAAGCAGCCCCGGCCGCUCUUCCCCCCGGCCGCCAAGGGGGCCCUGGAGGGGGCUGGCUUCGCUCUUUCGCAAAUGGGCGAUCUCGCCUUCCCACGCUUCGAGAUCCCGGCUCAGAGGUUUGCUCUGCCUGCUCACUACCUGGAGAGGUCCCCUGCCUGGUGGUAUCCAUACAGCCUGACCCCCGCGGGAGGUCACCUGCCUAGGCCAGAAGUUUCCGUGGACAAAGCGCUGCUCAGAGACUCUUCGCCGGCCUCGGCGGGCACGGACAGGGACUCCCCGGACUCGCCCUCGCUCAAGGCCGAGCGCGACGCCAAGGAGCUCGACUCCAAGAGCCCCGACGAGAUCAUCCUGGAGGAGAGCGACGCGGAGGAGGCCAAGAAGGAGGAGGAGAGCGGCGCCGAGGACUGGCCCAGGCGCGAGGCGGGCGGCGGCGGCGGCGGCGGCAGCCCCGAGAAGAAGCCGGCGUGCCGCAAGAAGAAGACGCGCACCGUCUUCUCGCGCAGCCAGGUCUUCCAGCUCGAGUCCACCUUCGACCUGAAGCGCUACCUGAGCAGCUCCGAGCGCGCCGGCCUGGCCGCCUCGCUGCACCUGACCGAGACGCAGGUCAAGAUCUGGUUCCAGAACCGGCGCAACAAGUGGAAGCGGCAGCUGGCCGCCGAGCUGGAGGCCGCCAACCUGAGCCACGCCGCCGCGCAGCGCAUCGUCCGCGUGCCCAUCCUCUACCACGAGAACGCCGGCCCCGACGGAGGGGGCGGCGGCGGCGGCGGCGGGGGCGGCGGCGGCGGGGGCGGCCCGGCGGCGGCCAGCGCCCCCGUCAGCCAGCCCCUGCUCACCUUCCCGCACCCCGUCUACUACUCGCACCCCGUGGUCACCUCGGUGCCGCUCCUGCGGCCCGUCUGA